GGUCUCUGAGCGGAAGUUCAUUUUUUCUUCCUACAUAGGUAAAGCAUUGCCCGAUGUUACGUCACUCAAAGGAGGAUUUACAAAUGUGCCGCAAGCCGGUAGGAACGGCAUUGGGAUAUGUGUGCGCAUUACACGAGGGCCGAUGCGUUAUUUGUGAUUUCCAAUAUGAAGAGCCGCUAGAAACGAUGCGCGAGGUUCAUUUGUGUGAAGACUGCAGUCUUGUGCGGGAAGGGGAAGAGCGGUGCAUUAUGUGUGGUUCAAACAACACAACGGAGGUCGCUUACUAUUGCCAGUAUUGCGUAGCGUUAGAAAAAGAUAGAGAUGGGUGUCCGCGGGUGUUGAACAAGACACGGCUGCAGCGGAACACUGCCUUGCGUGCUGCUGUCUUGUAACAGGCUGGUCCACAGUAAUGCCCUGCGAGACGUUCUUCUUUUUUAUAAGACAUCACCGUAUAUCUUCAUCGCUGUAUUUAAAUGAGUAUAUCUUGACGAUGAAUUGCGUUUAUUAAUCACACUUAGUUUGUUUCCUUUAA